ACCAUCCCCAAAAUGCAGUCUUCACAACGAAACAUUAAGACGUACAGUCGACUUUUCAAACCCAAAAACUGCAAGACGGAAGGAGGCAAAUACACCAAUAGCACUAUUCGGAUAGAGCAUCAAGGAAAAGAGCGGAACUUCAACUUCUUGGAAGUGUUCCAACCUGACUGCAGUCAGAGUCACAUAUUCAAUACAGUCGCAGUGCCAAUCAUAGAUCGAUGUCUGGAAGGAGAAAAUGGAUCCAUCAUAGCUUACGGCUACACAGGCACGGGGAAAACACACACAAUAGAAGGCAGUUGGGACAACAAACAGUCCUUCACAGAAGGAGCUGGUCUCGCUCGGAGAUGCAUUUCAACCCUUUUUCAAAGACUGGCAGGCUCUUCUGGCGUUGAGAUUAGACUAUCAUUCGUAGAAAUCUGGAUGGAGCAGAUCUUUGACACGAUGCUACUUAACACUAAGAACAAAGACAAGAGCAACUUCCAGAGAGUCAAUGUUGAAAGGCUGGAUUCGACACUCAAUAAACCUAUUUGUCAAUCUGAGGAGAAUGCGCAUGUUCUGUAUACCACCGCCUGUCUCAAUCGGACAGUUAAAUCGACCUCACAUAACAUGAGGUCAUCUCGAUCUCAUGGAAUUUUCACAAUUUACAUCAAAAGAAGGACAACCUCAACGCCGGAUUCUACUGGGUUGAGUGUGGAAUCAAAACUGAACUUGGUCGACUUGGCAGGAGCCGAGCGAUUGGGUGACUCAGAAGGCGUAACUGCAGAGGAGGCAAAGAAAAUCAACAUGUCAUUAAUUGCACUCGGCAAAGUAAUCGAUGAUUUAUCAGAGAGAAAAUCCUUUAUCAACUACAGGGACUCAAAACUUACUCAGAUGCUACGGGAUUCACUCGGAGGCAAUAGUAAUACUGCGCUGAUUGCAACCAUGAACACAGAUAUUUCUCGGAAAGACGCUGCGCUACGAACAUGCGAGUUCGCAGCGAGAGUUUCAGGGAUAAAGCUCACUGUGACUAAAAAUUACGAAACCAAUUUAUCUAAGUCCGCAAUUGAAGACAUGCAGAUUCAAUUAGCAAAGCUGAAAGCAGAAAAUGAGCGACUGAAAAGAGAAGUUAACGAUCUGAGAAGCAACAAGUAUCCGUCUGAAAUGCCUCAGAAAGUUGAAUCAGUGCAAGUUGAGCCAACGCUAGAAGCUCCAGUAGAAAAACUAAUAGCGAAACCAGUCACUAAAAAGAAACAACCUGUGAUAACUUCACAACCAGUGCCCGCCAAAUCAGAAAAGCCUGCUACAGUUGCAAAAAAAGACGAUUCGAUACCCCCACCACCGCCUCCCCCUGAAGAUGAACCUCCUUUCGAGGAGGAAUUCUACAGAGUAGGUACAUCUAGUCACGGGAUCUUAGAUCGAAUCGACAGCAAUAAAGCUCUACUUUAUGAGGCAACAAGAUCAUCCGGUAAAAAGGUUGCGAAGAUUUCUAUUCUCGAAGAGCUCAUUGGCGAAACCCAAGACUAUAUUGAAAGUAUUUCAUGGCAGAUUGAUAUCCUGUAUCGACAAAUCUGGGAUGCCGAAAGACAAUUACAUUCACUCUACCAGACCAAGUCCAAACUUAAGCGAGAUGAUUCCGAUGAAAUAAUUAUUUCUGCAUUGCAAGACCGCGAGAGAAGUAUUUUAAACGGUCAAGGAGACUGCGCUUUGAUGUAAACUUAUAGUAAUUCUUUGUGUAAUGAUUUGACUUGCGAAAGCAUAAAAACAUAUUGAUGUACAAUUUCUUUAUUGCUGAUGGGCCCAAAGGGCCAUUAAUCGCCCAACCAGCUAAAUUCACUCCUUGACUCAUUG